GCGUCGUAAAAAGCGGGUCCGCCCGGAGCGUAAGGGAGAAGGUGGCGCGGAAGCGCGCUUGAAUGGAGGAAGGGGACUGCCAACGGCGGGGGGAGAGCAGGAGGGGAGGGGCAUGUUUCAAUUCUGCCCCUCCUCCUCCCCCUCUUCUUCUUCUUCGUUGGUAGAAAGGUCUUUUCCCUCCCCUCCCCCCCCCGCCUCAACCAAGCCAUGCUGACCGCGGCUUGGUUGGUCAAAGGCAGCGCUUGGGGGUGGGGUGUUCUGCGGAACGCGAGCCCAGGACGGGGCUUGAGGGCCACCGUAGCAGCAGCCACCGCCGCCGCCGCCGUGAGGAGCCGAGGAGGAGGCAGCGGCGAGCCCUGGAGCGGCCCUCGAGCCGCGCUGGCGGCGGCCUCCUCCAGCAGCCUGGCGGAGUGUCGGUCGCCGUCUUGCCCGGGCGCGGGGCGACGUCUGCUACUGCGCGUGCGCCCGGCCAGCCCCAAGCACCUUCUAGGCACUGCGGCUUGGGCGCCCCCUUUCGGUUGCUCCUCCGGCGGACUUGGGCAGCCUCACUGCUCGCGCGCCGGCUGCGGGGGGGCGGCUCGGCGGCGCGCGGCGGAGUCCUCGGAACGACCCGAUGCUGGCAAAGCGGAGCAGAGCAAAGGAUUCGCCGAACUGUAUGAAAACCCUUGGACUGUCCCUAAUCUACUUUCUAUGGCAAGGAUUGGUUUGGCACCUAUUUUGGGCUAUUUGAUUAUUGAAGAAAAUUUUAAUGUAGCACUGGGUGUGUUUGCCCUGGCUGGAAUAACAGAUCUGUUGGAUGGCUUUAUUGCACGAAACUGGGACAACCAGAAAUCUGCGUUGGGAAGUGCCUUGGACCCUCUGGCUGAUAAAAUCCUUAUCAGUAUCCUAUAUGUUAGCCUGACAUGUGCAAAUCUUAUUCCAGUCCCUCUUACAUCAAUGAUAAUUCUAAGGGACAUUGCGUUAAUUGCUGCUGUUUUCUAUGUUCGAUACAAAACUCUUCCUCCACCGAAGACUUUAAGUAGAUAUUUCAAUCCAUGUUACGUCACUGCUCAGUUAAAGCCAACGUUUAUCAGCAAGGUGAACACAGUUGUACAGCUCAUCUUAGUCGCAGCUUCUUUGGCUGCUCCAGUUUUCAGUUAUGUGGACAGUGUGUAUCUUCAGACUCUAUGGUGCAUCACAGCUUUCACAACAACUGCAUCUGCAUACAGUUACUAUCAUUACGGUCGAAAAACAGUUCAGGUGCUAAAUGACAAAUGAAGUUUUGCAGAAUGACUGCUCUCCUCUCGUUCAGUUUGUGUGGAGUUUAUGCAGAGACUCUGAAUGAUACCUUUGCCUCAGUGAAACGAUGCCUUCACCACGUUAAAAUGAAGUUUUGAUCAUGUAAAUAAGCAGGAUUUUCAGUGUAUUAUUUCAGUCUAAUACAAAUAAAGAUUAUAAUUUUUUACUGUACUGAACUUUCAUAUAUAUAAAGAUAAUUGUCUGAUAUUAUUUGUUGAUUGCUGUCCAGAAAUUUGCACUUGGUGUGGGUCAUUGUACUGUUUCCUUUGGUGUGUAUCCCAAAUGAAACAGUUAUGUGAAAUAUGAAAUAAUUGAUACAAGCAGAAUUUAGUUGAGUUUUACUGUAUUUAAAAUGCGGUAUGAUCGAUGGUACAGCCAGUUACUACAAUAGAUAAAUGUAAUACAGCAGGCAGUAAAUUCUACAGAAUAUAGAUACAGUAUGAUCUUUAUAACCCUUCAUACACUUGUCUUCUGGUUUAAAUAUUAUGGUUGCAAUAGCCCUUUAAGAUAAAACUUGGGUCACUUCUUCCUUAGUCUAAUAUUGGGGCAUACUCAAUUUAGGAAAGAGCUGCUUUAACUGUUCCAGCGAUGUGCUGACAUAGUUUGUUUUGAAAGAUGACCAAUAAAUAAAAUAAAUAUACAAGCAUGCAGAUGCAAAAUAGAGAAUCAAAAUAGUUGAUUUUCCAAGGCAGCUUUGUAAGGGGCUGAGAUAAAAGCGUCCCCUGAAUAGGGCCUGCAGAAUAAUUAAUGUUCUUUGAAACAGAUUAUUUGAUUGUGGUUUCUUAGUUCUGCUUAUACUGUAAACCUCUGGCCUAUUUUACAGGCUGUUUAUAAGGAGUAUAACAAAAUGAGUGCAUAUAUCAUUUUGUAAAGAUUUUCAAAAGUGUAAUAGGAAAAGUUGGCCUAUUUAUGUGCAAUCUUUUGUCUCAAUUCAUCAAACUAUUUUAAGGCUGUAGGAAAGGUGAAAGAUUGAUACAACCUGAAGAGUGACAAGAGUCUAUUUUAUAGCAACUUUUCUAAUGCAUUAUUUGUCAGUAGAAGGGAAAAUAUUAUGGCUUUGAAUACAUUUAAACUGUACUGCACAUUUCUUUGGAAAAGUUUUAUGCAAGCGCUAAUAUUUCUCAUCAGUAUGGUAAGCAGGUACCAUUAUCUGACAGCUGUCUUUUACCAUAAUACCAGACAACUAAGGAAAUGGAUAUCAAAAGUAAAACAAAGAAGUCCUUCUUUGUUCUGGCUGACAUGAAUAAGAUGUUGGAGUUUCUGUGAGAAAAAGUUUGCAAAUCUGCAUGUUAAUGAUUAGGAGCUGCAAAUAUUAAAUGUGAUAUUUGUUAAAACAUAGGAACUUAGGACAAACGUCUUAAGCUACUGUAUAUGUGAUACUAAUAUUUUGUCCAUUAAGUACAGGAAUCAAAACAAAAGAUAAAAAUUAUGUAUAUUUAGCUCCAGUUUCCACAAUAGCAGAAUUUAGCCUUUUUUUAAAAAAAUGUUUGAGAUGUUACAGAAUUAGAUCAGACACACUUAAGUACAUGCAAACAAAUAAUGUUUCCUAUGUGAUAAGCAAUUACCUGAAUAUAAAAAUACUUGCUAGGCUGAAAAUAAAUGUGAAAAUAUUACAUUAAAUAGCUAAGUAGAAAUGGUUUUACAGAAAUGAAGGGCGACAGUUGAAAUGGUUGGGAUAUUCUAUGCAUUAUAGGAUUUUUAAAAAUACAUUUUAUAUAUCUAAAUUUUAUAAAGUUUGUAUGCUGAAAAUAUUUUUGAUAGUUUAUACAAAAUCAGGCUGCUGCAAUCUGAUUGUAUUGCAGUAUAUAAAGUUUUCCCCUAUUUCAUUAAGACAAAAUAGGAGAUAUGCUACACAACCAUAGAAUAUAUUCUUUCAACCAGAUAAGCAUAAAUGUUGCCAAUGCCAAAAUGCAAGAAGUUUGAAAAUGAAUGGUAUGCAUGUUUGUCUGCAGUCAUUGCCUUUGCACUUUCAAAAUAAAUCCUUUAAAUGACUUC